AUUGUUUCUGGUCUAUGUUGUAUCUUGGCCAUCUAAUUUUUCAUUAAUAACGGGGACAACAAUAUCAAAAUUUGUGGCUUUUUUAUGAUUUAAACAUUUCUUCGGAAUCUUGACGGACAUUGACUGGUGGUGCAUCGUUACACAGGAUUACUACCUUUUUAAAUCCCAGCCUCUAUUUAACCUUUUCCUGAUGGUUUUAUCAAAUACGGCAACUACGAUCUUAGCCCACGGACUAUCUGUCUUUUAUUCAAAAGGGAAUUCGUAGCAGCGCCCUCUUGUGGUGUGUUCUCGCACCUACAAUAAACUGUUUGUUUUGAACCGGAAGUGAAAGUCAGAGGUCGUCAUGGGCAGCCUGAUCAGUUCCAAAAUGGCAGCGCCCGCCGCCAGAGUAAUUCAGGCUGUACGGCCUCAUGCUCCACUGAUCAAGUUUCCCGACAGACUGGGCACACCGAGGCCUAACGCUCAGGAGGUCCUGAAAGCAUUGACACUUAACCUUCCUCAACACAGCAGCUCCCCUUCAGCCUCUGUACCGCCUCAGCUAUCUGCACUUCAUAGACCUUUAACCCCAAUCCCAGGAGUGCCAGACAGCCUGGCCUCCAUUCAGCAGAUGCCUGCAAGAUACCGCAGGAGACCGUUGACACUUGAAGAGAUGGACUACAUCCAGCGUGGUGGACCCGAGUGAUGAGAAUCAGCUUCUGCAGCCCGUCUGUCUUUACCCGCUCAGUUCAAACACUUUAGAAUAAACUAUUACAAGAAGCAUCUUGUUCAAAUGUACAUAAGGAUUCUUUUUGUUUGUAAUAUAACUAAAGUUUUAACAGAUGUGUUCACUGCACAACAAAAGCAAAACCUUACAGAUUUUUUUUAAAUAAUCCUUAAUUAUAUUUGUCCACUUCACCAUUAAACACAUUUUCAAAGUG